GCGCGCUGCGGUCGCCAGCGGAUGCGGCACCGAGGGUCGGAGGCGCAGGUGACAGCAGGUCCCACCCGCCACAGCAGCGCCGGCCCGCCGAAAAACGAUGACACAAUGAAAGCAUUACACUCCGCUUUACAAAAAGGACGGGGGGACUUGCUUUCGGAAUUACCACGAGACAUAUCUGAUUUAACGGAAGGAGGUGAUGGAAAGGAGCAAGGUGAAGCAGAAGCACCUACCCCUACAUUGCAGGAGGUGCUUCAUCACGCGUGA